GCAGCCGGGAGAGAAGCGUUGACUGUGUGGGGAAGGCUGGCUCGGGUCGCGGCCGCGGCGAGUUACAUCCUUUUCCAAUCUGUCCGCGUCCGCCGCCGCCCGUGACGGAGCCAGGAUGUUCGGGAUGCUGAGCAGCAGCUUUGAGGAUGAUCCCUUCUUCUCCGAUUCUUUUAUUGCACACCGAGAAAGUAUGCGACAGAUGAUGAGAAGUUUUUCUGAACCUUUUGGAAGAGAUUUGCUCAGCAUCUCUGAUGGCAGAGGAAGAGCUCAUAAUCACAUGAGACAUGAUGAUGGUGAAAAUUCUUUGACUGUAAUGAAUUCUCUUAUGCCUUUUGGCAGUUUUGGUGGUAUGCGUACAGAUGUCAACCCUUUUCAGGCAAUGGACCGAAUGAUGUUAAAUAUGCGAAACAGUAUGCAGGAAUUACAAAGAAACUUUGGUCACCUUUCAGUGGAUCCAAAUGGACAUUCAUUUAGUUCUUCCUCAAUUAUGACUUAUUCCAAAGUAGGAGAUGAACCACCAAAGGUUUUCCAGGCCUCAACUCAAACCCGUAGGGCUCCAGGAGGAAUAAAGGAAACUAGGAGAGCAUUGAGAGAUUCUGACAGUGGACUAGAAAAAAUGGCUGUUGGUCAUCAUCUUCACGACAGAGCUCAUGUCAUUAAAAAGUCAAAGAACAACAAAACUGGAGACGAAGAGGUCAAUCAAGAGUUCAUCAAUAUGAAUGAAAGUGAUGCUCACGCUUUUGAUGAUGAAUGGCAGAAUGAGAUUUUGAAGUACAGACCAGCGGGACAGUGGCGCCAUGUGGAAAACCCUAAGAUGCGAAGUGUUGGUCAUGAGAAUUCAGGCUCCCGAGAACUUAAAAGAAGGGAGAAACCUCAUCAAAGUCCAGCCAUUGAACAUGGAAGAAGAUCAAAUGUUUUUGUGGACAAACUCAACAUCAAAGGAUCACCUGUGAAAAUCAACAAAAAAUAAAUAGGCUUGCAGUUGAUUUGUUUAGUUUUGAUUGUUUUAACAGAGAAAGUAAUGGUGCUGGGUAAUACACAUAAGACCAAUCCCUUGUUAAAUCAGUACUGUACUUAACAACUUUCUUCUGAUAUCUGAAUGAUCUUGGAAGUGCUAGCUUUAUAUUGUCCCUACUUUAGGAAUAAAACUUUGAUUUUCAACAAUUUAAGUAAGUUGCUAAACUUUUAUUAAACUCUUUAUUUUAAAACAUACUGAUUUUUAAAGCUGAUUUUGCUUUCUCAGUUAUCUUCCUAUUGGCUAUGUGUUCUUUUAUAUGUUCAAGAUUGAAUUUGGAACUAGUUUUGUCAUAUGUAUUAAUUAUAAGAAAGUAAAAUGGUAAAAAAAAUAGUCUUGGUUUUCACUAACAAUACUACAGUGAUGUUAAUAAAGAUAAAAUUAUUUAAAUCAAAUUUUAUGUGUUAUGUAGCCAGCUAGCUUAAAGAUUUAAAAAAAAAAUAAAGCAAAGCACCCUACUACUGUUUUAUGAGAAAUUAGUUAUUAUUUUGAUAAAUUACAUGAAAAAUAAUCAAUUCUGAAUUUCAAGAGAUUUAAAAUUGCUAAUAUAUAUGAGUUUUAGGCUUAUAAUUUCUUUUAUAGUAUAUUCUUUUUUGUUCUAGAUUACAUUUUUAACAUUCAUCAGACUUUAUAUUGACCUUUCUCUUUAACUUAUUAAGGUAGCAUAUUUCUGCUCUUCUUUCCUACAAACAGCUUAAUCUGUCUCCACAGUUAACAUUCUAAAGUUGGAGUGUCCUUGGAGAAACUCUACUCAGCCUUCUGUGACAUUUAGAAAAAUGCAUUUGGUAUUCUGUAAACUUGAAUGAUUGAUUGUCUCAAAAUUUCUUAGACAGGAGAUUGUGUGUUUGAGCAAGGUACUUAGUAAAUCAGUUGUUCUCUUUUAUACCAUUUAAAAAUUCAGCUUUAGCUCUUUUAUUCUAGAAUUCAAACAUUAAUCUGUUUUUAUAGAAGUUAGAUUUGAAGUUUAUGAGAAUAUAAAAUCUUAACUCUUAAGUUCUGUUUCAAGGGGGGAAAAAAGAACAGAAAAUCCACUAUCACUUCAUAAUCUUAACAUCUUGUUUUUUUUAACUUUGG